AUGUCGAUCCUCAUUUCUAUUUUUUAUUUCUUGAUCACUGCGGUUGGUACGGGUGGUGAGGCCGAUGAGUCCGAUCAAGUUCUCGAGGCAUGGUUUGCCGAAGGGUCGGAUGACUCGGCCCUGGUGAUGAUAUUCCGGCGCGACCUCGACACAGAGCCAUGGGCCGGGGAUCCCGACACCGAUGAUUGGUUGUCCAACAGCUACUGCAUCACCCUCGGAUCUGGCGAAACGAUCUACGGAGGACUGAAGCAAGUUCUUUCUCGGGAACCCGGGCAACUUUCGACUUUGCCGACCGCGUGGCCGCCAUCCUCCAUAUAG